AUGGAGGAAAUCUUCCAGUCUUCAACAACGAAGAAAAUACAGGAGCUGUUAGUAUACUGCGGUAUUGGUGACUGCAGUGAUGAGCCUAUCAAGCAACACAUCCUUGGCAUUUGUGACUUUGAUACGCCUUCUCCUAAGAAGAAGGAAAAGAGCAAAGGCAAGGCGAAAGACGGUGCUUUUCUUAAAGACAUAUCGCAAGGGGCGAAUGAUGCCGUGUCAUCCUCCGGAGACGAGCCUGGAGACAAGCCAAUCGAUUCUCCGUUGUCGAAAGAGAACACAAUGAUGAAUCCACCUCAAGCCCGGACACCCUCGAUAGAAGUAAGCACGCCUCGGUAUGAAGAAACCCACCAUAGUAUCGUCGAAAACAUACUUAUCAACUGUGGAAAACUCAAUGAUCCCCUCGGAAGAUACAGGCAUCGUUCAAAGCAGGCAUAUAUUAUUACGAGGGUUGGGGAGGUCCAGAGCUUUGUGGAUGACAUGGUCAAGCUGCAAUACCCCGAUGCAGUCCAGCUAAUUAAGCAGGAGAAUGCACUAUCCGCAAGUCAAGGUAUUCAGUCUCGAUUUAACGAAACAGUACAUUCGGAAAUAAUCAAGGGCAUCACCCUCCGCCACGAAAAAUUGUUGACGCACCUGGAGGCGCGCACAAUCGUGGCCGAGUUCAUGAUCAGAACCGGUCUCUUGGGACAGUUUCAGGGGCUGGAUCCAAUAGCUCUCGGAGCGGAAGAAAUAAAGAAGAAUGAUCCCUUAAGACAGUGUGACGGAAGGAGAGUAGUUGUACUCCUUUGA